AUGGACUCUUCCAAGAAGCCCCUAUUCACCGGGGAGUACUUAAGCAACGUCGACGGCAACGAGGCGGCUAGUAUGGCAUCCGAGUGCACCUGUGAGGCCUGCACCGCCCGCCUCGAGCGGAGCAAGAUUAAAAAGGGCCUCGUUCUCGGACUACGAACUGCGUGGAUCCGAAGCACGAGCCGCCCAACUGGGACCACUUCCUGUUCCUGUGCCGCCCUGAAGUACCUAGGUACAUCCUCAGCGAAUGGAAAUGGGAGUGGCUCGACGCAGAAUACGUUCAGAAGGAUCAACACCGAUUUCAUCAAGGGCAAGGGCGAGGGCCGUAUAUUUUUGCUGCAUGGUCCCCCUGGUGUGGGUAAGACAUGCACAGCCGAGUCUGUAGCCGAGCUCCUUGAGCGGCCCCUUCUCGCCCUCACCUGUGGCAACAUUGGUACAUCAGCCACCGACGUCGAGCGCCUGGGCCAAUACUUGACAUGGGGCGAAUUAUGGGGUGACUUGGUGCUGCUUGACGAGGCCGACAUCUACUUGGAGAAGCGGGCGUACAACGAGGUGGAGCGCAACAGCGUCGUGUCCGUCUUCCUACGGGCUCUCGAGUACUACAGGGGCCUUCUGUUUCUGACCACAAAUCGCGUGAAUGCCUUCGAUGACGCCUUCAAACCGCGGCGCCAUUCUGGCAACAACUUCUUGAAACUGGGCGUCAAGGACGACAUAGAGGUGACGAAGAAGGGGAGGAAGUACAUUCGCGAGAACGAGACACUGCGGCAGCUGCAGUGGAAUAGACGCGAGAUUCGUAAUGCUUUCCAAACCUUUGGCGGCGAGGGCGCCAACGAGGGCAAGAUCUGCGUGACAAGCAAGCAUAUGAAACGCGUCGUUAACAUGGCCAAGGCCUUUUCCGACUACUGCCUGGCGCUGAACCGCGGCCGUAGCGACUUCUUAGCCCAGCCACCGUUGGCUAUGCGGAGCAAGAAGGCGGAGCUCGCAUCCAAGACAAAAACGAAGAGCCGCAAGCAGGAGAGCGAGAGUACCAGCGGCUCCUCCAGUGACAGCGAGUCUAAACGUAAGACUUUCGUCAAGUCGCUUAAGGAUGAGAGUGAGAGCGAGGAGGAGACGAGUGAGGAGGAGACGAGUGAGGAGGAAACGAGCGAGGAAGAGGUGGCGAGGAAGAAGAAGGAUAGCAAGUCGAAGAAGUCAAAGGCAGAGGAGAGCUCUAUGGAGGAGAAACAGAGGAGGAAAGCCAAAUAUAAAUGGCGGGUUCGAAAGGGGAAGCCAGCGGAGGAAAGUGACGAAUCUGAUGAGUGA